AUUUAUUCUUACUGCUUAAUCAUACGAAAUAUCCAAACACAGGGGACUUUUAUUUUGACACUACGGUGGAUUCACUUCCGCGUCUAUGUGCAGGAGUUUAUGCGCCAUGCAAUUAGAAAUGGCGUAAUACUACGUUUUUCUCCAUUUCAAUUUAUCCGUACAAACGCUGCUGUAAUCGGAGACCUUGGCGGAGUCGCCCAGACGGCCAUUUUCACAACAGAUUUAGGUGAAAUCUGCUGUACCUAUCAUCUACACUAAAAGACCCAGCACAUGAAGUUCUACGAUAAGUAUACAGACGUGUGCAUUUUGUAAAAGAGAAAAACACCUCAGUUUGUCCAUUGCACAUUUGUGAAGUUGCUUAAAACACGAAAAGCAGUAUAUCUGAUUCCAAGCCAACUUUAUUGCGGUAACAAUUAACUUGCGAUGGUUACUGCCGAAUUUACUGUUAUGCCAGUUAUCCCAGGUAAACUUGAAACAAGCAUCUCUUCACUUACUAACUAAUCUCAUUGGCGUUUGUAUGAUUAGAUAACCACUAGCUACUUGUUACCUAACGCUUUUGGAUUUUAGUAGGUGAAUAUCAAUGCUUAAAUUGUGAAUUUGAGUUAAAAUUGUGCUGCCUUAGAUUAUUCCACACUUCAUUACAAGCUGAAAUAAAUAUACAUUUUGUGACCUCCUUUCACUGUAGUGAAACUUUUUUUGUUGUCUCUAGAGAGGGUGGAGGAUGGCAGUGCUGAGCCUGUCGUUUGCAGGCUGUGGGUUCCUCGGGAUUUACCAUCUGGGAGUGGUGGAAGCUUUGCUCCAACGUGGGGGUAAACUGCUGAGCUCCGUAAAAGCCUGUACCGGUGCCUCUGCUGGGUCUCUCACGGCUGCUUUGCUGAUCACUGCCCCUAACAAAUUGGAGGACAGCAAAGAUUUCAUAUAUGGGUUUGCCGAUGAGGUCCGAAAGCAGAAGUUUGGAGCCUUGACUCCAGGAUAUGAUUUCAUGCUGACGCUGAGGAAGGGUUUGGAGAACAUCCUUCCUCCCAAUGCCCAUGAGAUAGCUGCUGAUCGUCUCUACGUUUCAAUAACACACUCCAGGUCCCGAGAAAAUCGCAUGGUGUCUCGUUUUACCUCGAGGGAGAACCUCAUCAAGGUCCUACUUGCCAGUUGUUUUGUGCCUCUGUAUGCUGGAGUGACGGCAUUUGAGUACCAAGGAGAGAAAUGGAUCGAUGGCGGGUUCACAAACUGUCUCCCGGUUAUGGCUGAAGGUCGCACAGUCACCAUCUCCCCAUUUAGUGGCCUGCAGGACAUCUGCCCCAAACACAGCGGGCUCUCAAAUCUCCACAUCAACCUCGCCAAAAUGGACGUCCUGGUUUCUAUGGAUAACAUCGCAAGACUGAAUCAAGCUUUAUUUCCACCAGCACAUAAUAUAAUGAAAGAAAUUAACCGAAGUGGUUAUGAAGAUGCAUUACGGUUUUUAAGACGAGAAAAGUGGAUGGAUUAGCUGAUUUAUAGAUUAGAGGUACCCCCUGCCUUUCAAAAGUUCACUUUGUGCCACUUCGCUUUUACGAAAGACAUUCGUCGGCACCUGUUUUUGCUAACCAAACGAAAUCCAAAAAGGAUAGGAGGCAGCGUGCGAUCCAAGUGACGCCACCAAGCUCCGUCCCUAGGAAGGACUUCAAAAUCAAACCGCCGUAGCUGUGAUGUGUGCUUUAUCUUGAUUUAUUUUGUCAUCUCUUAGCAAGGUGGUGAUAAUUUCUACUUUAUAUAGGCUAUAUAUUCAUAUUGUUCCUGCUUUUACUAUAUGUUAGCAUUGUUUUAGGUACUACAUGUUAUUUGGUAUGAUUUGACAUGUUAUUUUUUGGGUCUGGGAAUGAUUUUUUCUUUUUUAAAUAAUGGCAAUUGCAUCUAUGCUUUGUUACUCUGACUUAUGAAAGGUUUCACAGGAAUGGUCUACAUUUGGAUCGUGGUGGAAACCUGUAUCGAAGUUGGUCAUGCAUUAACUUGUGUGUCAAGAUCCGGGGAAUGAAGUAGGAUUAAGGUCUGAGACUGUUUUUGAUGAGUGAAUAUAAAAUCUCUGGCUGUAUGAUCAGCUGGGGGUUGUACAGCAACCAUGUAGCACUUCCAGUAUUUAAUUUAUUUUCAUAAAUUACAUUUAAUAAAGAGAAUGAAUGCUGCUGUGUAA